CUCCGCCGUCGAUGGUGAGUGGGUUCUCGAAGGGAACACAGAGCGAGCUUGCAAUGGUGGUUUCAAGAAACACGAAAGAUCUGGUUGAAGUUAUAAAGGAGCUUGAUGAGUAUUUUCUCAGAGCCGCUGAUUCUGGUUCACAAGUUUCGUCGCUGCUUCAAGUUCCAAGUUCUGGUUUUUCUCAUCAGAGCAAAGGAAGUAAAGUGUAUGGUUAUGGAUGGCCGUCGCUGUUGACAUGGAGUUCGAGUCCGAAGCUGAAUGGAUUUGGCAAGUUGGCUGAGGAAAAUCCUCUUUCUGUGGGUGGUUUUGGGGGUAAUACUGUUGGCAGUGGCGGCGGCGGCAGUGGUGGUCACUGCUCAACUGUGGAGAGGUUAUAUGCAUGGGAGAAGAAAUUGUACCAAGAGGUUAAGAAUGCUAAGAUAAUAAAGAUGGAGCAUGAGAAGAAGGCAGCACAGCUAAGGAAGUUUGAGUUGAAGAGGGCUGACUAUGUGAAGACGGAAAAGACAAAGAAAGAGGUCGAGAAAUUAGAAUCACAGAUGAUAGUUGCCUCGCAGGCCAUUGAAACCACCUCCUCCGAAAUCAUCAAAUUAAGAGAAAUAGAGCUCUGCCCUCAACUCAUUGAUCUUGUCAAAGGAUUAAUGUGCAUGUGGCGGAGCAUGUAUGAAUGCCAUCAAGUUCAAAAGCACAUAGUUCAGCAGCUGGAAUACAUCAAUACCAUACCAUCGACUACCCCAACUUCCGAGAUUCAUCGGCAGUCGACUCUUCAGCUUGAGGUUGAAGUACAGCAAUGGCACCAAUCCUUCUGCAACCUCUUCAAGGCUCACAGAGAUUAUAUCCAAUCCCUCACAGGCUGGCUAAGGCUCAGCCUUUUCCAGUUUGGCCGAACCCCACUGAGCAGAACUACCGAGGAGUCAAAGAUAUAUGCCCUCUGUGAAGAAUGGAACCUCGCUGUUGAUCGCAUACCAGACAAGGUCGCAUCCGAAGGAAUUAAAAGCUUGUUGACUGUUAUUCAUGCAAUUGUAGUUCAACAGACAGAGGAGCAUAAACAAAAGAAGAGGUCAGAUUCUGCAUUCAAAGAGCUCGAGAAGAAGGUUGUUCAGCUUCGAUCUCUUGAGUGCAAAUAUGGUCCAUACUCCAUGCCAGAGUCCUCUGGUACCAUGCGGACCAAGGACCCUGUCAGCCAGAAGCGUGCUAAGGUGGAAUCUUUGAGAGCGAAGGCCGAAGAAGAGAAGACUAAACAUGAAAAGGCAGUGAGCGUAACACGGGCGAUGACAUUGAACAACUUGCAGAUGUCAUUCCCCCAUGUUUUUCAGGGAAUUGUGGGAUUUUCAAAUUUGUGCACUGAGGUUUUUGAGUCUGUAUACAACAAGGCCAAAGCUGUUGGACAGGAACAUGAAUUGAAAAGAAUAUUGCCAUAGGAGAAUUGACAUGGAUGUAUAGAUGAUCCCCUUGCAAAACAUAUCUAUAAAUUGUACUUACACCUAGUAAUAUUAUCGGGAAGGCAAAUGAAAGAGUGCAAUGUAAUUUCACUCAGUAUUUUUGUAUGACUCAUUUUAGUGCUGAAUCCUCAUAGCAGUGGAAGCAGAAGCUGCAAAGUUUGCUGGGCAAAGGAGCUGAAUGAACUUCGGCUUAGAAUUUCACUUGGUUUGUUUACAUUGUGCUGUUUAUAUAACACAUACUUGAUAAAUGUUGAAAUUAGGAGGAAAAGUUUGUAA